GCGGAGCCUCAGGUGGAUCCGGUUUAAGUUCUGGAGAAUCAGGUCCAUUUCUCCUGUUGGCUCCGACUCGGUUUGUGUGAACAGAAGGAGAAGCAAAGAUCUGAUCAGGUAAAAGAUGGCGCAGCAGCAGGAAGUGGAUUUUGGAGAAAAACUUUUCAAGGUUCGCUCUGAGUUUGUGGAGAGAGUUUCUGAGGAAAUCCUGAAUCAGCUCCUUGAUGGCCUUGAGGCAGAUGGGGUCUUUACUCAUUUGGGGAUAGAGGAUAUACUGCAAAGGAACCAAACCAGAGCAAACAAGGCCCGCGCCACCAUAGAUGAGGUUAGGAUGAAAGGACAGAGAGCCAGCAGAUUAAUGAUCAAACGUCUUCAUCUCAUAGAUCCGACUCUGUCCAACCAGCUGGGUUUGUCCUCUGACUCCUCUGGUCCAGAUUUUGAUGUUCGAUGUCAAAGUGACCAUAAAGAGACUCUGAAAAAUGCAUACGAAUGUCUUUGUGAAGGCAUCACUGAAGCUGGACAGGAAACCUUUCUGAACGAGAUCUACACAGAGCUCCACAUCACAGAGGGGUUAACUAGUGAGGUCAAUGAUGAACAUGAAGUCAGACAGAUUGAAACAGCGUCCAGGAAACUAAACAGACCAGAAACGACAAUCAGAAGAGAAGACAUCUUUAAAGUCACACCUGGAAAUAAGAAACCAAUCAGAUUGUUGACCAUGGGAGUGGCUGGCAUUGGGAAAACAGUCUUAACAAAGAAGUUCAUUUUGGACUGGGCUGAAGGCAAAACCAACCAGAACAUCCAGUUCAUAUUUCCAUUCACUUUCAGAGAACUGAAUAACUUGGAGGAAGAAAAGUUCAGCUUGGUGGAACUGAUUCAUUACCACUUUGAAGACGUUAAAGAUGCAGGAAUCAGCAGCUUUAAAAAGUUCCAGAUUCUGUUCAUCCUCGAUGGCCUGGAUGAGAGUCGACUUCCUCUCAACUUCAAGAAGAAUCCGACUCUGAUUGAUGUUACAAAGUCCACUUCACUGGAUGUUCUGCUGACAAACCUCAUCAGGGGGAAACUGCUUCCCUCUGCUCUCCUCUGGAUAACCACACGACCUGCAGCAGCCAAUCAGAUCAUACAAAACUGUGUUUUCGUGGUGACAGAGGUCAGAGGGUUCACUGACCCCCAGAAGGAGGAGUACUUCAGGAAGAGAUUCAGUGAUGAUGGAGAGAAGGCCAGCAGGAUCAUCUCCCAUAUCAGGAAAUCAAAAAGUCUCCACAUCAUGUGUCACAUCCCCGUCUUCUGCUGGAUCACUGCUAAAGUUCUGGAGGAAAUGAUGAAGACCAGAGAGGAAGAAGAGCUGCCCAAGACCCUGACUGAGAUGUACAUCAAGUUCUUGUUGCUUCAGAACAAAAUCAAGGAGGAAAAGUACAGAGGAAAACCUGAAGAAGAUCCAGAGAACAGGAAUCUGAUUGAGUCUCUAGGAAGACUGGCUCUAGAUCAGCUGCUGGAGGGAAAACUGAUCUUCUAUGACAAAGACCUGAAACGGUGCGGCAUCGACAUCAAAGAUGCUGCGUUGUACUCAGGAGUUUUCACUCAGAUGUUUAAAAAGGAGAAAGGGAUGCGCAACAUCUCCAUCUACUCCUUUGUUCAUCUGAGCAUCCAGGAGUUUCUGGCUGCCGUCUACAUGCUCCACUGCUUCACCAGCAGGAGGUCAGAGGUCAUCAAGACGUUCCUGGGAGAAGAAUACAAUGAAACAUCUCUAGAUGAGUUCAUGAAGAAAGUCAUGGAGAAAUCCCUCAGCAGUGAAAAUGGCCACCUGGACCUGUUUGUCCGCUUCCUUCAUGGUCUCACUGUGGAGUCCAACCAGAGACUCUUAGAGGAUCUGCUGGGUCAGACAGAGAACCGUCCAGAAACCAUCCAGAGAAUCAUCACCAACCUGAAGGAGAUGAACACUGAUAGAAUCUCUGCUGACAGAAGCAUCAACAUCUUCUACUGUCUGGUGGAGAUGAACGACGUCUCAUUUUAUCAGGAGAUCCAACGGCUGCUGGAUUCAGGGAAGCAGCUCUCAGUGACUGACUGUUCAGCUCUGGCCUUCAUGCUGCAGAUGUCAGAGGUUCUGGAUGAGUUGGACCUGGAGAAGUACAACACAUCAGAUGAUGGACGACUGAGACUGGUUCCAGCUGUGAGGAACUGCAGAAAGGCUCGGUGAGUCCAGAUGUUUUCAUUGUGUGAAUGCUGAUUCAGCACUAUUGUCCUCCUGUUUCUUCUUCUUUCUUCAAGUUGAUUCUGGAUGUUUUUGGCCUUUAACUACUUCCUUCAUCCUCUGGAUGAUUUCAGCCAUUCAAACAUCUAAACAUUCAGUUCAUCCAGGACAGCUGCAGCUUCUGGUUUUUACACAUUUUGAUCUGUUACGUCCACCAAGGGCACAACAUAUUUGAGGACACGAGACAAAAGAUGAGGGUUCAACAAAAUAUUUUAUUCAUAAAUUCUCUUCACUUUGAUUUUCUUAGUUCAGCUUCUUCUGAUUUUCUGUGAAGAAAAUAGAGUUCAGGCCCUCAGAUCCCGUGUCCCAAAAAAAUAAAGAAAAACAAAACCCCAAAAGUAUUAACAGAAAGUUGGACCUGGUGAGCCGAUCAAACAUAACAAAACGGUACAGCAGGGGGCCGACCCCAUACAGGGCCGUCGAAGCCACUACUAGUACCGGACUAAAGCAAAAAGAACCUAAUGCAAAAGAAAGAUCGAAAACAGGACAACUGGUCCCACCAGGCCAAAAGCACAACGAAAAAACAAACAAAGGCUAACAGAAAUACCACAUGGCAGGUUGGAAACCUCAGCUGCGGCUCACAGCGGCUGGACUAGCGCACAACGCACCUGGUGGUGGUGGAGCGAGCGGAAAGGCGGAGCCCAGGCGGGGAUGGGGGAGCUUUCUCAACAUGCCGAAAGCCAGCCUAUUUACAGGCGGACCAACAGCACCACAAAUUAACGUAAUUAAAUGAAACAAAAAGAAAUGAUCCAAACUCCAAAAUAUAUUAACAAAAGGUCAUUCAAUUAAAGUCUAUAAGAAAACAAAGAAAAGAAAUAGUCAAAAAUCAUAAUGUGCCUGAAGCACAUAGCAAGAUCAUUUACAAAUAUUU